AGGGAGGGUCUGAGAGACUGCUACAGCAGGGAGGAGACUGCAGCAAGAACAACGCAGCCAAAAACAAAAAAACUACCUGGAAGGGCGAGACUGCUAAAGCUGCAGCAUAUUACACACGAGAGACCCUCACUAGUGGCCACCAGGGUCCUCAGCAAAGGAGUAGACUCGGAUCUGCUGGAGAGUCAAGAUGUCUGAGGAAGUAAUUGUUCCAGUGUACGCCACAGGGAUCUCUGCCCAGCUGCAGAAGGAACGGGACCACGAGCUUGGCGUCGGAAAACAUGAAAAUGCUGUGAAGUUUUUAGGGCAGGAUUUUGAUCGGAUCCAGCAAGAAUGUUUGCAAAGUGGAACUCUCUUUAAGGAUGAGACCUUUCCUCCUUCUGCUUACUCACUGGGGUUUAAGGAGCUUGGUCCAAACUCAUCGAAGACCUAUGGAGUUAAAUGGGUCCGUCCUACGCAAAUUGUUUCCAACCCUCAGUUUAUCGUGGACGGGGCUACAAGAACAGACAUCUGUCAGGGAGCUCUUGGUGACUGUUGGCUUCUCGCUGCUAUUGCCUCCUUGACAUUAAAUGACACUCUCCUCCACCGAGUGGUUCCUCAUGGUCAGAGCUUUCAGCAGAAUUACGCAGGACUCUUCCAUUUCCAGCUAUGGCAGUUUGGCGAGUGGGUAGAUGUGCUGGUUGAUGACUAUCUCCCAGUUAAGGAUGGAAAACUUGUCUUCGUACACUCUGCCUCAGGGAAUGAAUUCUGGAGUGCACUGCUGGAGAAGGCCUAUGCUAAGGCUAAUGGGAGUUAUGAAGCUCUCUCUGGAGGGAGCACUUCUGAAGGCUUUGAAGACUUUACAGGAGGCGUUACUGAGUGGUAUGAGCUGAAGAAGCCUCCUGCAGACCUUUUCGGCAUUCUCUUAAAGGCUUUGGAGAGGGGAUCCCUCAUGGGCUGCUCGAUUGAUAUAACAAGUGCAACCGAUAUGGAAGCCGUAACAUUCAAGAAACUCGUCAAAGGUCAUGCAUAUUCUGUUACAGGAGCAAAGGAGGUCAACUAUAGAGGUCAGAACACAAAGCUAAUUCGGAUGAGAAACCCUUGGGGCGAGGUGGAGUGGACUGGAGCAUGGAGUGAUAACUCUAAUGAGUGGAAUUCUGUGGAUCCUUCACAGAGAGAUGAACUGAGAAAUAAAAUGGAGGAUGGUGAAUUUUGGAUGUCUUUCCAAGAUUUCCUUCGUGAAUUUCUCGUCUUGAGAUUUGUAAUCUCACUCCGAUGCCUUAACUGCACGCAGAUUCCGCAAGUGGAACACAACCCUUUACAGCGGAAGUUGGAGGAAAGGGAGUACAGCCGGCGGGUGCAGAAACUUCCCAGGUAA